AUGGACGCAAAACUAAAACAGCAAUGGUCUGAGGAGGAAACGAAAUGUUUACUGGCUCUGUGGUCCACCACAGAGGUUCAAAAUAAAUUAGACGGUGCCGUUCGAAGGAAACCAAUUUUUGAAAAUAUAAAGCUGGAGAUGGCCGCGGCUGGCUACGACAGAAGUAUUGAGCAACUAAUAAAUAAAAUAAAAAAAUUAAAAAAAGAAUAUAGGGACCAGAAUAAGGACCUUGGGCGAAGUGGCAGUGGUCGUCCUAAGAAAAGCCCAUAUUAUGACAUCCUGGAGUCGGUAUUAGGUGACAGACCGGCUUGUCAGGUGAGGGGGGUGCUGAAUUCAGCCGGACAAAGUUUCGCUGCCUCAGGAAAAAGAAAGCGUGCAAACGAGGACUUAAUUGUCUAUAUGGAGAAGGCGGACACAAGAUUUUUAGAUUUCAGCAGGGAGAUGAUGCAGAAAAUGGAGGCAGAUACGGGCGCUCUGCUAGGUCUUAUGGGGCGCAUGGUGACGGCGAUGGAGUCCCAAGCCAAUAAAUAA